AUGUUUAAAAUUGAACCCCCGCGUAUUGCAUAUUAUCCUGAUAAGAUCCUAGAUGUCAUUACAAAGAUACCGGACCCCAGCAACAACAACGCCCUCACCUAUUGGUCAACAUUGAAAAAGUCGGAAAACCAGGCCACCUCUGAGGAUCCCCUUUUGUCUCUCUCGAGCCUGGCUCAAUCUUUCCACAACGAACAAAGCGAGACGAUCAAGUCUAACCUUGAACAGAUUAAGGAAUUGUUGAUAAAGGCUGAAGACAAAGGCGACCAGAUGCUUAAGCUGCAACUGGAGGCUAAGGAAAAGGAUGAACUGAUUAUUAGUUUGCAACAUCAAGCCCUCGACAGACUUGCUAUCCUUCAAAAGCAUGCUGAAGCUAUCCUUGUCCAGAACUUUGAGCUACACGAGUAUCCAAUCCCUCGAUUGUUUAUAAUUUUCCCCGUCGACCACACCAAAUGGAAUCCAAUGAAUGUCUUGGGGAACAAGUUUCGUCUCCAUUUCCUCUGUGAAUGCGGGAACUAUACCAUCUUGGCAAGCAAGAGCAAUCAGAACCAAAUCCAUAUCGCCAAACAUGACGGGCAUGAAAUCCGAGACAGCACUGAGUUCUUUCGCAAAUAUGGAAAGCACAUGCUUAUCCUUUUACAAUGGCUCAGAUUGGGAAUGCUCUCCGCUGCUUCCCUGGUACCAGCCUCGCCUUUUAUCGAUGCUGGUAUCAAUUAUUCAAUUGACUAUAUAAAAGCCCUCUCUGUUGAGUAUCCUGUCCUGAACAACAUCAAUACGAUUGAUGACUAUGAGGGACUUGAAGGAGCUGACCUCCAGCAGUUGAGCACCUUCCUUCGAAGUAACGACGAAGACAGGAAACUUGGCAACUUGUACAGGAUCACAACCGAGGCAGGUCAUGUCAAUUGGGUUUGCUCGGAACACUAUCGUUUGACAUAUAAAGAAAAAGAGCAGAAAGCGUUUGCAAAUGCUGUGGAGAUGAAUGGUGGGAAAUAUGAUCAGCAACUUGGUAAAGCGGUCAUCACAUUGGGAUCCAGAACGAGAGCUGAGGAAUUCUUCGAUGCCCUAGCCAAUGCAAGGCAUUGCUCCAAGGCUGAUCUCGAAGCAUUUAAAGAUGUCUUGAAGAUGUCAAGUGUAUCAACUCUUCGACUUGAUAUGGAACAGUUCCAAGAAAGCGUUGGCAGGAAAUUGCUUUUAUUAUCUACGCGAUAUGAAAUUCUUGUUCGCAUCAUUGAGCUUCGCAAUUUGAAAACGAUUCACAUCGUUCUAUCCAAGGAUUUCGUAAGACUUGACUAUUUACAACCUAGGAGAUCAGACCUUUACAGGUUAUCUUUUGAGAUGAAAUCUCACUCAAUUGGGUCUAGUAGGUUUCGAGUACUUGUAAAUUCACUCAAGACCAACACGACUUUGACCGCUUUGGAUUUGAAGUCUAAUCCGAUUGAAAAGGAAGGGAUUAUGGCGGUAGCGGAGGCAUUUAAGAUCAACACGGGUUUGACCACUUUGAAAUUGCAACUCUUCGGUAUUGAGGAUAUAGGAGCUCCAGCACUGUCAGAGGCACUAAAGAUUAACAGGACUUUGACCCAUCUGGACUUGGGUUUCAUCAGCUUAGAUAAAAAGAAAAAGGUCAUGUCACUGUUAGAGGCAGUCAAGGUUAACAGGACUUUGGCUAUUGAUGUAGAUGAUCAAUUAGGAAAGCUUAGCUUUGGUUUAUAA